CGUUUCAUUGGCCGUUGCGUAAGCUCUGGGCACAGAACAGAAUCUUAAGCAGUUGUCCAAACAACAUUUCUGUUAUAUAUUUAGCUUAUGAUGACUCGGAGGCAGUAGGUCGUUUCGUCGCAACGGUGUAGAUUUUGCAUGAUCGUCCCUACGAUUGUAUUCUUUUUGUUUUAUUGCUGCGAUGAAACACUGGAGUAAAUAAGUGUUUUAACGAGAAAAAAAAGAGAAGGUGCUGCUAUGAGCUAACAGCUAGCUAAUGAAGUGCUUUCUACUUGCCGUUCUCUCAAUGCUGCUUGUCCCCAGGCGGAGGGAGCUUUGAGAGCACCAUGUCCUGCUCUGGGAACUUGAUUUGGGAUGUGAGGAAACGAGCCAUCGGGUACGGCGAUCCUAACGUUUUCCGAUCGAACUAUUUGGGCAGAAAAGAAUUUGUGCAGCGUCUGAAGCUUGAAGCUAUACUUAAAGUGCACGAUGGCUGUGUUAACACCAUAUCGUGGAGUGACACAGGAGAGUACAUCUUAUCCGGAUCUGAUGACACUAAUUUGGUCAUCACGAACCCCUACAACAGAAAGGUCAAAACAACAAUCCGGUCAGGUCACCGGGCCAACAUUUUCAGUGCAAAAUUCAUGCCACACACUAACGACCAGCAGAUUGUGUCCUGUUCAGGGGAUGGCAUCAUUUUCUACACACACACCGAAAAGAGCGCUGAUAUCAACAGGCAGUGCCAGAUGACCUGCCACUAUGGAACUGCAUAUGAGAUAAUGACAGUUCCAAAUGACCCAUACACCUUCUUGUCCUGUGGGGAGGAUGGCACUGUCAGGUGGUUUGACCUGCGCAUGAAGACAAGCUGCACAAAAGAGGACUGUAAAGAUGAUAUUUUGAUUAAUUGCCGGAGAGCUGCUACCUCCAUAGCCAUUUCUCCCCUUGUGCCCUACUACCUUGCUGUGGGAUGCUCAGACAGUUCAGUAAGAAUCUAUGACCGACGAAUGCUUGGUACUAGAGCUACAGGUAACUACAUGGGGCGAGGAACAACAGGUAUGUGUGUGCGAUUCGUCCCUGCCCACUUGACCAGCAAGUCCUGCCGUGUGACAUCCUUAUGCUACAGUGGCGAUGGACAGGAGGUUCUGGUCAGCUACUCCUCUGACUACAUCUACCUGUUUGACCCCAAAGAUGACCAGGCCAGAGAGCUGAAGGGUCCAUCUGAGGAGAGGAGAGAAGAGCUAAAACAACCACCAGUCAAACGAUUGCGUCUUAGAGGAGACUGGUCAGACACUGGACCCCGUGCUCGACCAGAGAGUGAAAGAGAACGAGACGGAGAACAGAGCCCCAAUGUGUCACUGAUGCAGAGAAUGUCUGACAUGUUAUCACGAUGGUUUGAGGAAGCCAGCGAAGCCCAGAGCAGUAGAACUCGUCCACAAACUCGGCCCAGAGGUGUGGCAGCUCGGACACUGGGAGCUGCUACAACUUCAGAGAACCUCUCUCAGGAGACUUUGGGGGCAGAAGGACCGAUGGAGGUGGAGUCUGCUACCUCUGCCCAUUCCAUCCCAUCUGCCUUAGCCUCAGUCCAAUCCCAAUCCCAAGCCUCAGCCUCAGUCCAAGCCCCAGGCCCAUCCUCGGCCCCGGCCCCAGGCCCAUCCUCGGCCCCGGCCCCAGGCCCAUCCUCGGCCCCGGCCCCAGGCCCAUCCUCAGCCCCGGCCCCAGGCCCAUCCUCAGCCCCGGCCCCAGGCCCAUCCUCAGCCCCGGCCCCAGGCCCAUCCUCAGCCCCGGCCCCAGGCCCAUCCUCAGCCCCGGCCCCAGGCCCAUCCUCAGCCCCGGCCCCAGGCCCAUCCUCAGCCCCGGCCCCAGGCUCAUCCUCAGCCUCGGCCCCAGGCCCAUCCCCAGGCUCUGUGUCAGCCCCAGGCCCAGGCUCUGUGUUAGCCUCAGCCCAGCCCCACUCCAAAUCUGUUUCCUCCUCAGGCUCUUCAUCCACUGUGACAGUCCUGCCUCCAUCCACCUCAUCCUCUGUCAACAACACUGCCUCGUCCUCUUCCCUACUCUCCUCUCCAGACUCAGGGCAGAAGAGCCAGACUGAGUUGAUGACCACCAGGUCAGGCACACCUACCCCUUCUACAGAGGCUGUUCUGUCUGAAUAUGGUCCCCGCAGGCUCCCGGUAAGUUUAGUGUGUAGACGUUUGCAAAGACUGCUGCUUCUGGCUGACCCCCCUGGGCAAGGCCACCGAUCAGCCUCUCGGGCCUCGGACAGUCGAACCCAGGGCCCUGAUGCACAGACCCACCCAUCAGCAGAUUCUCCUUCUUCUGCGGUAAACAAACAGCUUGGAUCCAUGACUCUGGAUGAGCAGCCUGCAAGCACUAAAGCAUCAGGGAAUGUCUGCUGUGAUAUGAGUGCAAGUAUCGGCGGGGCUUGUGCUGAUGAUAGUACUGGAACCAGGUCCUCAACUCCUGCUGCCCAAAAGAAGAGUGAAGGCAUCUCCACCACUGCUGCUGCUGAAGAGGACAGUGGAGCCUAUACUCCAACUACUGCUGUUGAAGAUAGAAUUAAAAACAUCUCCUCUGGUCCUGCUUCUGAAGAGGUCAGUGGAGCCUGCUCUUCAAGUCCAGCUGCUGAAGAUAGAGCUGGCAGUGGCAGUGGGACUGGAGGAGUGGGUUCUGGCACUGGGCGCAUAGCUACGGCAGCAGGGACACCUGAGCCUGUCCUGAGCCUACACUACAGCACGGAGGGCACCACCACCAGCACCAUCAAAUUAGAUUUCACAGAUGAAUGGAGUAAUCUAGCAUCUGGCUCCAGAACUGGUGGGGGAGGACAAAAGCCUGCACAAGCAAGGGAGAAUCAGGAGCCUGCAAAAGAAAGCGCAGAACAUUCAGCAUUAGCAGGGUCCGUGCAUAGGGAGAGCAAGAGCUCAGAGAGUGGCACAGAGAGGGCAUCAGGAAGCUGUCAGGGAAGCACAUCCCUUCAAGACUCGGCCAUUUCAGAGAAUCCACCUGCAGCAGAAGGUAGCAAGAGGACUGAACCAGGAGGAGAGGGCGCACAGGGGUCCACUCAGCCCUCUCGCAGUAACCAGGACUCUGAUGACAGUGAUGAUGACCCAAUUCUUAUCCCCUCAGCCAGGUACAGAGGAGCUCAGGGACAAAGGUUUAAUUUCAGAGGCUCUGCAAUAGGUGAUAGGAUGAUCAGGCGCUCAGCGGCAGCCCGUAUCCAGGAGCUCUUGCGCAGGAGAAAGGAAAGGCGCGAGAUGGAAGAGAACGAGACCCAGAACAUCAGACGCCCAGCGAUUAAGAUGAUGUACAAGGGUCAUCGCAACUCCAGGACUAUGAUUAAAGAGUCGUGUUUCUGGGGAAAUAACUUUGUCAUGAGUGGCUCAGACUGUGGCCAUAUUUUUAUCUGGGACAGACAUACCGGAGAGCACUUGAUGCUUCUGGAGGCUGAUAAUCAUGUAGUUAACUGUCUGCAGCCUCAUCCUUAUGACCCAAUUCUUGCCUCAUCUGGAAUUGACUAUGACAUCAAAAUCUGGUCCCCACUUGAGCAGUCACCUUCAUUUAACCGAGACCUUGCUGACGAGGUGAUAGCUCGUAAUGAACUGAUGCUGGAAGAGACAAGAAACACCAUUACUGUCCCUGCCUCCUUCAUGCUUCGAAUGCUGGCCUCACUCAAUCAUCUCCGAACAGACCGAUCCGAGGGUUCUGGACAAGAGAACGAAGAUGAGCAGUAGCUCUGUUGAGAUUUUUCCAGAAUCAAACAGCAUCAUUUGCUUUAAAAUAGUUGAAUAUUUAAGAUUUGUACAGGAUGUGUAGAAUAUUCCCUUGGUAGAUCCAUUUCUAGUAAUCAUGUUUUU